AUGUCUAUCAACACCGCUCACAGUCAGGAUGGACUUGGUGUAGUACUUUACUACGGUGAAAGGCUUCUUGUUACCUAUGAUGGAUGUAAGCUAAAACUUAUGGGAUCGGCUAAACAGCCUAAUGCGAAGCUCGGAGGAUCGGCAUACCUCACAUCGCAUCGUGUUGUUUUCCUUACUAAGGAUAAGACUCCAGCAAUAAAGUCACUUAGCAUGCCUUUCGUCUUUAUGAAACGUGUCGAAAUUAAGCAACCAACUUUUGGAGCAAAUUACAUUGGAGGAUUCGUUAGAUCUGAGUCUGGCCAAUGGGAAGGCGAAGUUCAAUUCGAAAUGGUCUUUAACCAUGGUGGAGCCAUCGAAUUUGGAAAAGCUCUUCUUGAACUUGGAACUCGAGCCAGCAAGCUUCAACGAACUUAUCAGAUGCCGCCUAUUCCACCGGCUUGCGAGAUAUACUCUUGCCCACCCCCUGCUUAUACGCCAUUCGCCAACGAUCCAUAUUAUAAUUCAUUCAUGCAGCCUCAUCCUUCAUUCUCACCUCCUCCAUCUGAUUACUUGUACCAAACUAAUGCACCACCACCAUAUCCCGGUGCGGUUCCACCACCUUAUAAUGCCGCUUCAUCUACACCCCCACCUUACAUGGCACCUGACUCAAUGCCGCCUUAUUCUGGGGCUCAGGCGCCUAACUACGCGCCUUAUCCUGCUCCACCAGCUAAUUGUAUGCGUAUGAAUUUUAUCGUAUUGGUUUUUUCCUUUCCAGCUACCACUGGAUAUUACUACCCUCAAGAUCCAAACACUUUCUAUGCUCCACCCCUAAACCAUGCAUCUGCACCGCCAAAGGAAGCAGAAGAUAAAAAGAAUAAAUAA